CUCUUGCCGAGUGACAUUUUUCACUUUUGCCUCCCACGGUGGUCCAAGCCCAUUAUUCCACCCCAACCGCAGCCACCCUCCGAUCUUUCCACUUCUCCGAUUCUCCUCUGCUCGUCGGUGAUGGGAAGCCAUCAUAGAGAAGAUCCACUUUCCUACCCAAACAACAUCCAUUCUUCCUCGUCCUCUCCGAUCACAGUCUCCGACUACCUCGACCCCGCCGCCGCCUUCCUCUCUUCCGACCCAUCCAACAAUUCCCUCAUCGGCAGCGCCUCCAGCAGUUUCCAGAACGACCCGGGUUUCCUAAACGACGCCGCCGCCGCCGCUGCCAAUAUCGACGCCGAAUUCGGCUUCUCUCGGCCGGACUUCAGGCAGAGCCCGCUUGUCGGCACCGUGCAGUACUACGAGCGCCAUGUCUUUUUGUGUUACAAGAACCCUUCUGUUUGGCCUCAGCGGAUUGAGGCUGCCGAGUUUGAUCGCCUGCCGAGAUUGCUCUCUGCUGCCGUCACUGCAAGGAAAGCUGAUAUGAAGAAAGAGUUUGUGUACCGACUUGGAGUAAAGACUUUCACAGUAGUGUCGAGGAGUGUGAUUGAAUGUGUUGGAUAGGGACCUGCUCAGUGUCAUUUAGGUGGUGACAGCCUGACAGGGUCCAUGACUGAGUUUUCAUCUUCUUUAUCAUAAAGACCCGUCUAACAAUAUGUGAGGGACAUGAUGGAACAGAAACCUCAAAUGGGGAUGUGUUAAUCUUUCCUGACAUGGUCAGAUACAGGAGGUUAACACAUUUUGACGUCGACACAUUUGUGGAGGAAGUGCUGGUCAAAGAUGGUGAAUGGAUGCCCGGAACUCCAGAAAAGCUUCAUGGUUGCUAUGUGUUUGUAUGCUCUCAUGCCUCCAGAGAUCGCCGUUGUGGCGUUUGUGGUCCGGCCAUAAUUGGAAGAUUUAAAGAAGAGAUAGAAGUUCGUGGUCUGCAAGCUAGAGUCUCUGUUAGUGCAUGCUCACACAUUGGGGGCCAUAAAUAUGCUGGAAACAUCAUCAUUUUCGGAUCAAGUGUUAGUGGAGGCAUCACUGGACACUGGUAUGGAUAUGUUACUCCAGAUGAUGUGCCCAUAUUUCUCGAACAACACAUUGGUAGAGGAGAGAUUGUCGAUUGGCUGUGGAGGGGCCAGAUGGGUUUGCCAGUAGAGGAUCAGAUUAAGUGGCAAGAACAACGGCUGCAACUGAACGGGAAUAAUUUGGUGGAUAGCAAUGAAGUGACACUAAGAAAAACAGAUGCUGAAGCAAGUGUUGCAGCAGGCACUGUUUCUGGACCCGACGCCACUGGAGGUCGCUGCCAGGAAAAUGGGAACUCUGCUUCUUGCAGUCAAAAGCCUAUCUCAACAGAAAACAACAAGCCGAAAGAAGGGAAGCUAUCUCUAUUGGAGGAGAAAAAGAGCAAC